AUGUACCCAUCAUUUCAACGUGAAUCAGUCAUUGUAUUGGGACCAUCGCAAAACGCUCGCCUAGAAGGUUAUGUUCAAUUUACUGAUGAACGAGACAUGCAAGCGGCUAUUCAUGAAAUGAAUGGCAAGCCAAAUUUAAUUGGUCCAGGCAAACUGAGACUUUCUGUUGAUGAUCAAGGAAAAACGUCGACAAGACCGAACAAGAAAGAGAAUGAAAAGAAACAAUCGACCUUUGUUCUUCAACUCUCUGCAUUGCCACCGGAUGUAGAUGAAGAAAUUAUUACUCAAGAUCUCUAUGAACAUCAUCUUGGCGAUUACAUAACCGACGUGUUCGUCUUUCGUAAAACACUGUCAUCGAGUAUGCCCACAAAUGUAUCAACAGAUAUGAUUGAAGAAAAUCAAAUUAAUAUAGUCAAACUUAAAACGCUCUUCAUAGAUCCUGAUCGUUUUCGUUCCACACCUGAUAUUCAAAUUUUAUCACCUACAAAGGAUGGCCGUGUCUCUGCCUUGAUUUUAUUUGAUGAUCCUCGUGAUGUCACAGCUGCCAUGGAAAAGUAUGCAGCACCCGAUGAUUCUGAUCUUUUGAAAUUUGGUGCAUUCAAACUUCGACUCGUGCCUUUACUUGAUCAUAAUAUUCAACUUCAUUCGGCAUUGGCUAAAGCAAUACCAAACAAAAUCCAACAUGUUAUUGAUAGGAUAAAAAACGAUCCCGAAUUUUCAACUAUUAGAUUAAUAAAGAAAGUUAAUAUGAAGAAUGGACAGGAAAUUACUUACAUUUCAAUCAGAGGAACAAACAUUCUCCAAAUCUACAAAGCUCGUACCGUUUUCGACGAUUUAAUGAAGGGUCAAAUAUUCAAAUUCCAACAACCAUCAUGGGUAAGUCUCCAAUCAAUAUCAGCUUCUUAA